UGGGUGCUUUCACUGCAGCAGCUGCUGGCGCCAUGACGACUGGCGCUUGACGUCGGCCGACCAUCGCCCAACAGCAGCCCCGCCCAAACUUCCUCUGGCGCCACAACUCCCGUGUGCGUCGUCGACAUGUCGACGGCAUCCCGAUCCUCCUACCAUCCCAGCCGCCGGGUCGGCAGUGUGCAAAGCGUUCAGAAUGACGACCGACCGAGUCGCACACUAUCAAAGGCCGCCCGCGCCGUGGCAAGCGUCAGUUACGACGACGCAUACUCCUUCGCCCUCCGUGUCGCAUUCCUCCGUUAUCUUCUCCAGCCCAGGAAAAAGAGAAAGGAAUAUGUCAGUGCUCCCAAGCCGCCUCCGCGUGUCCACACCUCGAGUGUGGCCGAGUUGGUCAAAGAACUCGUCCCGUCGGGUUCGACCUCGGUGAAGCUGCCCUCUGGUUUUCGCCACUCCCUCGAGAAGCGCAUGUCGGGUGUCCUCCAGGGAAUCGAGAGACUGCCCGGGUUUAGCGACGCCGCCGUGAAACGGACCUUUGCCGAGGCCUACACUGCGUUCACCGCCAAAGACUUCCAAAAGUCAAUCGACAAGGACCGCAAGGUCGAGCCCCUGGUUCUGAUCUUCUACUCGGCCGCCUCGAAGGCGCAGGGUCGCGGAAAACCCGCCGAGGACCACUCGUGGAAGGUGCUUGUCGACAGGCACUUGGCCAUGUUCAUCCGGCUGCUCAGCAGCAUUCUCAGAGAUAAGGGAGACAUCGAGCUGGUCUCCCGCCUCAACACACUGGAGAAAAAGCUCAUGAGCAAUGAUCAGAACCUCUACCUCGAUACGGGCCAGGAGGACCAUUCAUAUGUCGAGGUGGACAUACCCCUGAGCUACGAGGUCAAGGACAUGCACAUGGUGCAGCUCGUUGCCAAAGUUUUUGGUGUGACCAACUCCCAGGUGCAAGCCGACAUCGACCGCAACACAUCGGCGUGGACCGAGGAGGCGGCGCUCAAAGACUACAAGUCGUACCAGUUCAGGCUCUCCGCCGGCAUGGCUGGAACCCUGCGGAAGCAGGACUUUGACGUGGACGAAGCAUACGAGGAGUGGAGGCGGGGAGAGGCUCCCCACCUAGCAAAGAUAUUUGCUGAGAUAUUGAUUGCUCGUCCGGACUUGAAGGGAGGGGCUAGCGGAGGGCUCGACAAACCGCUCCCCGUUCGCCAUUCCAUGUACGAGGACCAGGCGUACGCGGACCUGAGCCGAAUGCUCUCCAACCCAGAGUCUCCCGCGCCCAGUCUCGACCCCUCUUUUGGCUUUGGGUCGCCCACUGCCGAAGAGACAUCUGGCAUCCGGAGCGUCGACGGGCCAAGCUAUACCUUCAUUCCCCCAGACCCCCGUUCCGUCUACAAGGUCAUUCUUCAGUAUGUUGUAUCGUUCGAUCAGCUUCACUCGGACACGUCUGAGUCGCCCUUGUCUGAAGAGACGACGGAUUUCCUAGUAGAACUCGCGGUGCGCUGGCGGAUACCGCAGUUUUCCCGGUACGUUGCCUUCGUCGAGGUUACGACUCGCAAGUUUCUCGACCAGGAGCUGCCUCCGGAGCAGCUGUACGAUUGUUUGGAUCUUGUCAAACAGCCUCUAGAGGAGCCCAAGAAGCCGAUCCUCAUUCAGGGGUACACGUCCAGCCUCAGCGAUAUUGAGCCUAGCACAUGGACGAUAAUUGAUUUCGCGGGCUACCAACAGUCGUUGAAGGAUCUACAUGACGCCCUGCUUCGGGACCUCUACACGCUCCUCAUGCGCUGCUACGAGCCAAAGCCACCCACUGUUGGCGUCGUCAUGGCGUUACUCAAUAACCACGUCUACCCCGACCCAGCAUUUUCGCAGCGACCCGAAGACGCAGCCGAGUUCUCUCAGCGGCUUGACAGUGGGCUACGCCAACAGGCCGCCCAGUCGUACAGGGACUCCUUGGACAAGCACAUCCCGCGUAGCCAGCGAGACUGGGAUUUCGGGCACGUAGUCAACUUGGGCAAAGCCGUUACCGAGCUGGCCGAGAAAAUCAGGAAGCGGUACCGCAAAAACCCCGAGAUCAUGGGCGCAAGCCCGUUCAAGGCUCUGGUCGAGACGACGCUCCCGAGCUUCGAAGAGGAUGGCCAUGAGAUCAUCAAGCGCGUGCUGCAGACUUCCAAAGAGAGCGGUGUCGAGAUUGAGCUCCAAGACGGCUUCGACCUGUACCGGGAACUCGUCGAGAUUAGAAAAAUGCACGUGGAGGCGCUUCCGGGAACACCCUUCGGCUACCAUAUCGAAAACCUACUCGAGAAUUUUGUCUGGCGGUGGAUCAAGAACGCCGACGACAGAAUGCCGGGGUUCGUUGAGGAGGCGAUCAAACAGGACGUGUUCAAGGUCCGGACUCGCCACGAAGGGGGCAUACCGACCGACGACGAGCGUCACAGCGUCUCCAUCAUCGACAUAUUCACGCUGUUCGGUCAGACGGUUGACCAACUGCUCCAGCUGGAGUGGAAUGACGAGGUCCAGCUGGCGCGUUUCAUGACUGCUCUUGCCAAAUCGUUUGCCGGAGGCAUCGGGAAGUACUGCGAAGUUGCGUACGGCCAGUUCAAACACGAGAUGGAGCGCGAGACCGAACAGCAGCAGCUGGCUGCGGCGCAGAAGGGAACGUCGAAAUGGUUCCAGUACGCGAAGGAUACAUGGAAUCCCAAGGAAAGGAUCGAGCCAUUCCAGUUCUACCCCCAGUCCUUUGUCAAAUUCAAUAAUAUUGAGUGGGCUAUGCAGGUUCUGGACAAGCUGGAGAAGCGCAUGAAUGUGGACGCUUGCGCCGAGCUCCUUAACCGGGUUGACGGGCCGAAACAGUCAGCGAGGAGGAGGACGACAAAAUAUGUGUUCACGGUUAAGAUCGUGGAGGGUGAGGAUCUCAAGGCCUGUGACCCGAAUGGGUUGAGUGAUCCUUACGUUGUCCUGUGCGACGAGUACCAGAAGCGCCUUCACCGGACGAGAGUUAUCAAUCGGAACCUCAACCCGCGCUGGGACGAGACGUUUGAUAUCUCGGUAGAGGGACCGCUGAACCUGAUUGCGACCAUCUGGGAUUACGACAUGUUUGGGGACCAUGACUUUGUCGGCCGGACAUCGCUAAAGCUCGACCCGGUGCAUUUUGGCGACUAUCUGCCGCGGGAGUUCUGGCUGGAUCUGGAUACCCAAGGGAGGAUUUUGAUCAGGGCUUCGAUGGAAGGCGAACGUGAUGAUAUUCAAUUCCACUUUGCGAAGGCUUUCCGGCAUCUCAAGAAGACGGAGCGAGACAUGGUGCGGCUCGUUACCAGCAAGCUAUCGAUGCACAUCAACUUGUUACUAUCUCGCGAGUCUCUGCGUGGCCUGCUAACCAAGGGCAUCACCGCCUCCAUGGCCAAUCUCUGGAAGAAGAGGCAAUCUCACGCGCCAACCGUCACACCGCAAGAGGUGGAGGAGGCGCUCCGGCCCCUGUUCACCUACUUCGACGAGAACUUUGCCAUCAUGAAGCAGACCCUCACAGACGCAACCAUGAUGGCGGUCAUGACGCGCCUCUGGAAGGAAGUGCUCCUCGCCAUCGAGACCCUGCUCGUCCCGCCGCUCUCGGACAAGCCGUCCCCCCAGAAACCGCUCACGCAAGCCGAGUUGGACGUCACCUACCGCUGGCUGGAGCUGCUUUAUGACUUUUUUCACGCGAGGGACCACGAGUCGGGCGAAGUGCUCGGAAUCCCGGCCGACAUCCUCAAGUCGCCUAAGUGGCACGAGUUGGUGUCGCUCAACUUCUUCUACUUCGACACCAGCGAGAACCUGAUCCGCACCUCGGAGCGCAUGGCGGCGGCCAACGCCCAGCGCGCCCAGCAGCAGGCGCAACAAGCCCAACAACAAGCGCACAGCCACCACGCCAGCAACAGCAACGGCAGCAACCGGCUCUCGGCAUCCUCCUCGGGCAUGCUGGGCGUCCCGUCGCUGGGCGGGGCGUCGGGGAUCGGCAACGUGCCCUUCGGCAGCCUGGGCACGAUCCGGCGCGGCAAGAGCAUCAUGAUGAACCGCAACCUGGGCACGAUGCGCAAGGCCAAGGAGGAGAAGCGCAAGGAGGCCCAGGCCGACCCCAGCGACGACAUGAUCCUGCGCAUCCUGCGCAUGCGGCCCGAGGCCGCCAACUACCUCAAGGAGAGGCAGCGCCAGAAGGAGCGCAUGACCGCGUCGAGGGCCGCCGCCAUGAUCCUGCGCCAGAGCGUCAGUCAGGGGCUGGCGGGUGGGGGCCCGGCUUUUGGGGGGGCGCUGUAUGGGAGGAACAGUCUGCCGAGGAGGUGAUUUUUGUGGUGGUGGAUUUUGGUUUCUGAGAAUAGGGGUCGGGGGUCGGGGGGUAGGGAUGAGUGAUGAUGAUUUUCUGUUCUUUUCUCGCGCUUUUUUACGUGGUUGCUUU